AUAGACAGAAGAAGAAGAACUCAACCCCGGGUCAACUUCCGACAGCGUAAAUAUGAUCAAGAAUAAUGCAUUUUGAAGGGUUUCGGCUUUAAAGUUCAGUAGAUGCUGGGAUUUUUACACAGAGUCUAAAUGGGUGCAUAUUAUUGCGCCAUAUGUAACCAGACAACAUUCUGCGGCAAAAAGAAACACAUCUUCGGAAAAAACCACCAAAGCAGACUUAGGGUCGUGCUUCUUAAAUUUACUGAAAAGGUCAAAGAAGCUCGACGGACCCUUAAAAAACCCCAGGUGGAGAAGUUUGAUUGCACUCAGCAGAAGCAGAAGUUCUGGUGCUACUGCUGUGGUGUCGAAGUUGAAAGGAACGUUACAGACGACAACAUGACCGUGAUGUAUGGGGGCUUACUGGAACAUAUGGCCACACGAGAACACAGGAACAAAACUUAUAAGUUCUGGUGGGACAAUAAGGCCGACCCAAAGCUUAGAGACAAAGUGCUAAUCACAGAGGAGGAAACUGAAAGGUUUAAGGCUGAAGUGACAAAGGUUUUGGAGUCGUUUGUGGAAAAGGAGGAUGAGUACAUCAAACAGCAAGCCGACGUUAUCCGGGCCCAGGAAAAGCACCGUCAGGAGGUCUUUCAGUCUGCUUUAGAGCCUAAUGAAGAGCGGGAGUUAUCAAAUGGACCCAGCAGCACCAAUCCAUCAGUGGAGGUUUCUGUCAGUUCCCAGUUUCAGUCUCAAGUCUCAGACCAGCUGGUGGGGAGCAGGUUUGACCCGAUGAUCGAGGCGCCCUGGUCUUUAGUAGGACGAAGCCUGACUUUUAUAGGCCAUCAGGAUUCAUCUAGUAAUGGAAAUGUUCAUACAGGAGCCGUUCCACCUUGGCUCCAAGAUGAUCCACAAGAGGGGACGUCUGGAGCAGCGGCACAGACUGAGAUCGGCCCAUCACUACAAGAGUUCCUCAAAAAAAAGGAGCAAGAGAAACUAAGGAAGCUUCCUCCAAACAGAGUUGGAGCCAACUUUGAUCACAGCUCUCAUACAGACGCCAACUGGCUUCCCUCUUUUGGAAGAGUGUGGAACAGUGGCCGGCGCUGGCAGUCCAGACAUCAAUUCAGACAAGAGGAAGGGCAGAAGAAUAAACAAAAGAGGAAGCGGAGACAUGGCACAGAUGGAUCAAAGGAAACUAAAACAACUGAACAGCGGUCCAAUUCUGACAUUUAAAACUUCAUUUCAUGCUGUGGUACUAACGUUCAAAAUGAGGCAGUUUUCAGUGUUAAGAUAUUUUUGUGAAGUUUUCUCACAGUGUUGUAACCAAUAAAACAGCCCAGCUUUAGUGAAAGAGGACAUAUAGCCCUUUAUGUUGUAUAGUUAUGAUUUACAUAGUAAUGAAAGGUUAGUUGUCUCAUUUGAAAUAGCAUAUUAUGUUAUAACAGAAGGUGGGCCUCACUCUUGUUUUAUGCACUUACAUUGCUCCACAGUUGAUAUUUGAAAUGAAAGAUUUUAAGUCAAGUCCUGGAUUCUGAUCACAGAGUUGUCUUAAAGGAUUUUGUUUUUCUGUGCAGCUGUGGGCCCAAUCAAUCAUUUUAAGAGUACCU